GGAAGCUACCAUCGAAUUAAAUUACAGAUACCGAUAUCAGUCCCAGUUUAAAAAUCACAAUGCAGUUUAAAUUAUUUAUAUUAUUGGUUGCUUGCUGCUCCAGCUUAGUGCCUUCGGCGCUGGCCUUCCACUUAUUGGCAGCGAAAGCAGCAGCAAAGGAUGCAGCUCAUGAGAUCUUAGCAAUAGGCAAAGAGACAUUGGCUGCUAAAAAAGCAGUGCUUGCGAAAGCGGCUGCUGACAUGAUCUCUGUUAUCGCACAGGGCAUUGGAGCUAAGAGUUCCAUAAUAGCUACAGCAGCUGCAUCACUGGCGGGAGCUGUGCUUAACGGCACUUUAUUUAUAGGGGCUGCCCUAGCAAGAGGCGGCUUUAAUAUAAUAGCUGCUAAGUUGGGUAUGACACCGACUGUAGUAGUAGAGUCCCCUUCCGUAGUUGUCAAGCCGCCAGUUAUUGAAGAAACCGUCGUGGAGGAGGUGGACCAGUCUUCUGAACCUCCAGUGGUGGUGGAAUGCGAUAAACCUGGAGUCAUCCAAGAGCCUUAUCCAUACAGGAUUGAACCAUACAGUUCUGUAUCAAUGGACGCUAAGCCUAAGGUCGUUGACCUGCCUGAUAGUCAACCGGCUUUUGAAAUAAUUGCUCCUGCCGACUCUCCAUACAUUUAUGAAGUGGUUCCAAAUGCGUGGUCAUAGGAUUGGGACUGUCUAGUUUGGAAAAAGAAUGAUAGGAAAUAAUUAAAGUUAGUUUCAAGGAUACAAAUAAAGAUUGAUGUUUUGA